AUGGCGCAAUCUGGCGGUUCCACCCCCACAUUAAUGGCUCCGCUCGCUCCCUCGUCCUCAUCUGGCUCUAUUGAUGAAGUACCAGGUGCUAACCCAGAACUUUUACGUAGUAUGAUGGAUUGCGUAGACACGUCACUCUUUUCCAGCGCCCAAUUAGCUAAUUGGUCACAAAUGAAGGCACGACUGACAGCCGCGGCAGAGCACAAUAAACCUGUUUCAUUCACAGGUGGAGACCUGGCUAUGGUCAAGAAAGAGCUUGCACGUACACCGAAUCUUAGUGAAGCAGCUGUUGCGGGUCAUAGUGGCAAUGGCAACGUGGACUUUCGUCAGCCACUACAUCGUGAAGCCAGUAUUCAAGAUGUCUUGGCCUGUCUCUUGGAUCAACAACCUCCCUCUGCUCGGAUGCUGAGUUCUCAGAGUUCGGGCAGCAGCUUCCUCGUAAGUUCCGAGAAUGUGAAACCAAGUGGCGUGGACCACAAACCGUCCUUGAAGAAACUAUUAAGUUCGCACACGUUUUCCAUGACGGAAAAAAAGGAAAGUUUACGUCAUUUAUUGAGUUUUAUUGAUAAUUCCUUUGCCAGUAAUACGCCCGAACCUUUGACGCAAGUGUACAAGGAUUGUGAAGCAGGGACUUUGCAACGCUUGUCGAGUUUACAAUUGAUGCGGAGUUUCAUGCCACCGACUGCACCUCAUCAUAACACAUUACAUACUGGCGGCAUGGGCAUGCGUACAACAAGUUUUGAAAUUAUUCAAGCCAUGCUGAAUGCCACAUCAAAUCAAGCGAUUCAAAAACCAAUGACAAGUCAAGAUAGUUUUCGGUUUCAACAUUUAGCCCGAACCCUCGAGUCCAUUGAAACAGAUGUUUCGGCAAUUGAUAAUGAUGAUUACGGCGGUGAUGAUGUCGUCCAAGUUGACAAUUUGGAUAAUCUGCUUGAUUAUCAUGGAGCCACGACUACAGCGGGAAAUACGACAAGUUGUUUGAAUGGCACAGGUCAUUCGAGUCAUGGAGCUUCGUCGACUUUGGGUCAUCAUUCGGUCGGGUUUGUGGAUACACAGACACUAGUGAAUCCAUCCCGUUCGAUUUACACGGAAAUGACUUCAACUGCGUCGAGUUUUUCGACAUUUGGACAGAGUCUUGAUUCACCGUCGCAUCUUGGAUACAAUGCAGCAUCCUCGGCGUCCUCGGCGUCAGGAAGUAUGUCUACAAUGGGGAUGACGAACCAUCCGCAGGGGAAUACGACGUACCACCAUCAACAACAGCAACAUUUACAGCAACAAUUGUUACGGCAAGAGCAGCAACAGAAACAACAGCAACAGUAUCAUCAACUUUAUCAGAAUGCACUGCAACAGCAGCAGCAGAAUGGACUGAUGGCAUCGGCGCCCGGAUACGUUGGAGCGAAUCAGCCGAUGCCACAGUUUCCCAAUAUGCUUAUGCAGCCUGGAGCAGGCUUGCUUUUGCAGAAACAGCAGCAGCAGACACGCGGUGGUCACCCACAACAACAGAUGCGGAUAUCGACACAGACUGGUAAGCCAAUUAAGAUGGAUGCCAGUGGGACACAAUUGUGCUCGGCAUUGGGCUGCAGCCACGCAGCGCGCGUGAAGGGCAUGUGCAAGCUUCAUGGUGGUGGCCGAAGAUGCAAGGUCGAUGGGUGUAUGAAAAGCGCACAGACCGGCCACCUGUGCAUUGCGCACGGUGGCGGCAAGCCCUGCAAUGUGGAGGGCUGCCCGAAGACAGCACAGUCACGAGGCCUGUGCAAGCAGCACGGCGGCGGUGUGCGAUGCAAAUUCGAGGGUUGCGCCAAGAGUUGCCAGUCGGGUGGUUUCUGUCGUGGUCAUGGUGGUGGUAAGCGGUGUGAAUACCCGAACUGUACCAAGUGGGCUCAGAAGAAUGGCCACUGUGCCAAACAUGCUCAGGAGAUCGCUGCGCAGCAGCUACAGCAGCAGCAGGCGUUGCAGGCUCAGAUGCGACAGCAGCUUGUGCACCCUUGA